GGUGGACGUAAAGCGCAUGGAAAAACCAGAGGGGGCAGAUCUGCCGCAUAGCCGACGGAAACCCGUCUGAUCCUCAUCAGACGCGACGCGUCCGCGAUCACGUACGGUGCACCACGCGAGAAACCAGAAGGUUCGUACACGUUCGUUCAGUCAUUUCGGACGUGAGAAUUCAAAAGGAGAGAAAAAGAGAUCUGUCGUCGAUCGAGAGCACACUGCCAUCGUGAAUUUUCUUCACAAAUUCCCGAAUUAUUUUCUGUCAUUGUUCGAUUCCCGAGGUGGGUCUACAGUUACAGAAAUCGACUAGCAGACUAAUCGGAAUUGCCGCGUACAAAUUUUCCAUGCAGCGAGGGUGUAGGCAACACGUCCGAAGUGACUGACUGCAACGUGAUUGGCUAAAACACAUGGUCCGGUGAUCGUGAUCAUGAUUGGAAAUCGUCUCGCGCCGAUCGUCACCCUUAUCCUCGUGGUUCUGCUGUCGGCUAUUCAUCGCGGUGAAGGAAUAAUAUGCUACCAAUGCAACAGCGAAUACGAUCCAAGGUGCGGCGAUCCAUUCGAUCCGUACACUCUUGGAACCGUAAACUGCAGUUUUCAACCGCGUUUGGAACAUCUGAGCCACCUAGAGCCCACUCUCUGUCGAAAGAUCAGCCAAAAAGUGUACGGGAAGAUCAGGGUUGUCAGAAGUUGCGGAUACAUUACGGACGAGAAAGAGAAUGCGGAAUGCCUGAAGAGGACAGGCACUCACGAGGUUCAAGCGUUGUACUGCUCAUGCACCGGUGAUCUCUGCAACUCGGCCGAAAGCCGCACGCCGUCCUUCUUACUGCCGUUGACGUCCCUGUUGGCGGUCGUCCUGGCGGUGCCGAGUUUGCUUUUCUCGUGCCCGUUCGCAAUGCCCGUCUUUUCCUCGCCACACUUCUCCAUAGCCUAAACCCCUUCAGCCGCCAGCGGAUAACACUUUAAAA